GCAGUUAGUUAUCCGGAUGAUGUACGACGGUAGAAAUACCCAAAACAUUUAACAAUUUAAAAACUGUAAACACAGUUGUUUUUUUAGCUUUACUUGAUGAUCGAUAAAGUAUGAUGAUCGAUGCAUCAUUCCAUGUUGCAAUUGGCUGUGAUUAAUAUAUCUGAUGACAAUGGAACAAGAAAAUAAGGUGUUAAAAGGAAGAGAUCAGAGAAUUUCAGUACUGCAGAGAAAAAGCUGUUGAUAGAUCUGGUUAUGAAACACAAGCACAUAGUUGAGAACAAGAACAGUGAUGCAGUUACAUGGCAGGAGAAGAAGAAUGCUUGGAUCUUCAUUACAGAUGUGUUUAAUUCAGGAAGUGGAAAAUAUGAUAAGCCAAGAACACCAGAUGCAAUUCGAGGAAAGUAUGAAAGUCUCAAAAAGGAGCUCAGAAGAAAAUCUUAUAGAGCAAAUGGUGAGAUUAUAGAGUACAGUGAAUAUGAGGAGAAAUUGCUUUCAAUUAUGGGUGUGUUACCACUGAUUGUUAAAUGUGAUCAAGACCAAGACUAUCUAGUAGAAGAUAAUAUAAAGAUAGAGACUGAUAUACCUGAGGAUAUGGAAACAAUUACAGAUGGACCUGAUUAUAAGAAACAUAAAGAGAAGGAGAGUUACAUUGUUCUUGAAUCUCUAAUUAAAGCUGAGGAAAGGAAGCAGCAGGAGUUUGAGAUGGAUUUGAGACUUAAAGAACAACAAUAUGAAAAAGUGAAACAAGAGAUGCAGGCAUUUCAGGAAUUGCAUACUUUGGAGGUGCAAGGAAAGAAGCUCAAUAUAAGAUUACUAGAAAUAGAAAUUGAAAAGAAACAAAACAAAUAGUAUUUGUAUACAUUAC